AUGACUCCUCGGAUCAGCCGCACCCCCACCUGCAUCCCGAAAGCCCCCUACCCCGAGUCUCCGCAACACGGGUGCCUCCUCGGUGAAGCCCUCCUGAGUCCCGCCAGCCCUGGCUGUUGCCUCGGGUGCACCUCGCAGCUGGGCCCUCAAGCAUCUGAUGGAGGCGGCUUCCCGGGGGCCAGGCCCCCUCCACUGAGGCAGGGACUCACCCAGGGGCCCAGGAUGCACGUGAGGCAGCUGGAGGCUGCUGGCGAGGACCACACGGCCUGGCUCAGCUGCGGCAGGGCCCCCGGAGGGCAGCGGGCAUCUCCCGGUGCCCUGCCCCCCAGCACCUCCACCCCGUGCAGGGAGAUGGAGCCCCAGCCGGAGCACGGGCCUCUGGCGGGACGCAGCACUCGGGACCCGGGGGUAUCAGAAUAA